CUCUCUCUCUCUCUCUCGCUCGCUCUUUACGACAAUGGUGAGCUUCGAUGGGUUAAUGGAGUCGAAGAGGGUCAUCCUAGGGUUAGGGUUAGGGCAAUUCGUCUCCCUUCUCAUCACCUCCACGGGAUUCUCCUCCUCCGAGCUCUCUCGCCGAGGGAUCGCUGUUCCAACAUCGCAGUCAUUCUUGAACUAUGUACUAUUAGCAAUUGUGUACGGUGGCUACAUGAUAUAUCGAAGAAGGCCACUUCAGAUGAAAUGGUAUUACUAUUUAAUACUUGGCCUUGUUGAUGUGGAGGCAAACUUUCUCGUGGUCAAGGCUUAUCAGUACACACCGUUGACAAGUGUCAUGCUUCUGGAUUGUUGGUCUAUUCCCUCCGUCAUAUUUCUUACUUGGAUGUUCCUCAAGACAAAAUAUAGAUUCAGGAAGUUUGCUGGCAUAGCUAUCUGCGUCACUGGACUUGUCUUAGUUGUGUUUUCUGAUGUGCAUGCAGGUGAUAGAGCAGGAGGGAGCAAUCCAGUGAAAGGAGAUAUGCUUGUACUUGCCGGUGCCACCCUUUAUGCUGUUAGCAAUGUUAGCGAGGAGUUUCUUGUGAAGAACGGGGACAGAGUUGAGGUAAUGGGAAUGCUCGGCUUAUUCGGAGCCGUUGUCGGUGCUUGUCAAAUAAGCAUAUUUGAGCGAAAUGCGCUGAAAUCUAUACACUGGACGGCUGGUGCUGUGCUACCUUUUCUUGGAUAUGCAAUAGCAAUGUUUAUGUUCUAUUCUACCGUCCCAGUUUUACUUAAGUUAAGUGGGUCAACAAUGCUAAACCUUUCAUUGCUAACAUCCGACAUGUGGGCCGUUCUUAUCCGCAUCUUCGCUUAUCAUGAAAAGGUCGACUGGAUUUACUUUGUAGCAUUUGCAGCUGUGGGAGUCGGACUCGUAAUUUAUUCGGGAGGCAAGAAUGAAGAUAAUACGGGAACUCUGAUGGGCGAGGGCGGCGGCAACAUUGAAGGCAAAGAGAGAGAUGAGGAGGCUCCGCAGGAUCGUUUGGCUGAGAUCUCGAAUUCUUGCGGGAAUUCAAGCAGUAGAGACGAAGGGAAGGGCCAUUACUACUCUCUCGUCAGCGAGGAGAGAUGACGGAAGCCAGUGUGAGGAGAGAUUCCGGCGGAAUCAUUUCGUAGAUCAGCAGGUGGUUUCGACAGAUUGUUUCGACCCAGCUUAUACUGCAGCAGCAGCAGAAGCAGAAUCAGAAGCACAUUCUCAGAAGCAUAUUCUUUUCGUUCUUUCGUGCUCUUCCGCGAAGCCCAUCUGAUUCCAAACUGUUCGUGAAAAUUUCGCAUUCCUUGGCUGAAUGGGUCUUUGAUCAUGUAAUGGUGAUAGUCGACAAUUGUGCGAAGUACUACUGCAUUGCUUAUAGUCAAAGCAUUUACAUGGCUUUCGCAGAAAUGCUAUUUUAGUGGGGCUGUUCAGAAAAGCACUCUUAGAAGCUUAAUUUAGAUUUCUGUCACAGCAAAAGAUCGAGACUUAGUUGUGUUGUUUGUUUACCAGCAUUGCAGUAAAUUCAAUUCUCUUUAAAUAUUUUUCCUUUUGUU